AUGCAAAACAAUUACGAACCCGCGUUAGUUCCUCCGCCUCCUUUGAAAUUUACUUUACAUCAAUGGCAUCUGAAUAAUCGCCACAGGUUCCGAUGUUCUGAAGCACAGCAAGAAUUAGCAGAUCGGCUACUUAAUGAAUCUAAACGUGUUUGUGAACUGAGUACUGAAACGGUACGAGACAAUAAGUUGGAAACAGACCAUAGACUCAAAGAAAAAAUAGAAGAUAUUGAAUUUCGUAAAAAGGAAUUACUGCGCAUAAGAAAGGAAGUUCUCUUUGAAAUUGAUGCUCUACUGAUAUACAAGGAACGCAUUAUGGAUGCUCUAUCAUCCGUAAAAAAAAACGCUCUUGUUAUUUGUGAAAAAUGCCUCAUUUUCAGAGAGCACAGAUUAGGAAUCGAUUUAGUUUGCGAUGAGGUUGACACAGAAUUGUUAAAAGAAUGCGAUGUGGUCAAGGGCGCUGAAAAUUUACUAGUUCGAAUCCUGGAGCAAACUCAGGAACAAAUACGCCGAUUAAAGGCGACACUAUAUUACAUGGAUCACGAGCUCGAAGAUAAGGAGAAUAAUUUACGUAUUGAUAAGCAUAAUUUAACUCUGAAAGAAACCAGCUUAAAUUUAAGCAUUUAUCAUGGUAUCUCACGACUUGAUCCAUCAACCAUAGAAUUAAAUGAAUGGGAAAUGCAAACGAAUAACAAUAUUAUUGCUGCUUCAAAAGAGGUAAAUGGCGCCAGGCCAUUACGCUGUUAUAUCGAUACGAUUAUAAAACAAGCGGUCGAUGAUCUAAUCGGUCAGAAAAGUGCCACUGAUGGAGCUUUCAGACGCCGCAUCGAAGAAACGAAAGAAACAAAAAUGAAACUAGAAUUGCAACACUCCGAGAUAAUGCGGCAAGCAGCGGAUAUGAAACAGAAUAUUACACGCAUAGAGCAAUCAAUUGCUGAUAAGGAAUGUUACUUGGCUUUAGCGCAUACAAGACUAGGUAACCGUUGUCAAAGACCGGGUUUGGAACUUACACGAGAUCUGGUUGAAACUAAUCUCGUGAAGGAAGUACAUGAUUUACGCGAAGUUGUGUCAAAAUUGCAAGCCACUAUGUUCGAGGCGCAAGCAUCGUUGCGUUAUUUGUUGAAAACGCAAAUUCAGAUUGAAGAGGAUAUCAACGUCAAGACGAACACUUUAAAAAUUGACGAGGUCGACUGUAUGACCCUUCGUCAAAGCAUGGAUUACCAUGCGUAUUAA